UUGAGUCGCCAUCUCGGUUGAUUCUCAUUUUUCUAUCACCUGCUCACACUUUAUGAGUAGCUAAAGAGCACACUCUACACUUUAAUCCCAUUCUUCAAUUCUGUGAAGUAGAUGAGAGUUUCUACAAUGGCUCUUCUUCGUAGAGGUUUUGCUGCAGAAAAGAGAGAAUGCGCCCACAGCCUUCUGUUGUUCAAUUCACCAAACUGUUGAAUGUUGUUGUCAAGAUGAAACAAUACCGUGUUGCCCUUAAUAUAUUCGACGAAAUGCGUCAAUCGGGUGCCCCUGUAGACGAGUAUACAUUGACUCUCGUGAUUAAUUGCUAUUGCCUUCUCAACCGAGUAGACUUUGGAUUUGCUAUCUUGGGCAGUUUCUUCAAGCGCGGAUACGAGCCAAAUAUCAUUACUUUCACCACACUUAUAAAAGGGCUCUUUUUAGAUGAUAAAAUCGUCGAGGGAGAAAAAUUAUUCAAAAAGUUAUUGACGCUGAAACUCUGUGAACCUAAUCAAGUUACUAUUCUUACUGUGAUAAAUGGGCUAUGCAAAGCUGGACACACUCUCACUGCAUAUGAUUUGCUUCGGUUAUUUGAAAAGACAAGCUGCAAACCUGAUGUUUUUUCUUAUAACUCAGUGAUUGACAGUUUGUGCAAGGAUCGUAUGGUUGAUGAUGCGCUCCAGCUCCUAGCCAAAAUGAUUGACAAGGGCAUUUCACCUGAUAUUGUCACAUAUAGUUCUAUACUUUGGGGUUUGUGUAAUUUCAGCAGAUGGAAAGAGGCGAAAGACUUAAUUACUAAAAUGGUGGAUCACAAGAUAUCUCUAAAUUUGAUUACUUUCAAUAUAUUGGUGGAUGCAUUUUGCAAGGAAGGACUGGUCAAAGAGGCUGAGGAUGUUGUUGAAAUUAUGAUGCAAAGAAACAUUUUUCCUGAUGUUGUCACGUACACUACUCUCGUAGAUGGUUACAGCCAGGUUGGGCAAAUUGAUAAAGCAAGAAAAGUACUUGACUCCAUGCCAGGUAAAGGUUUGAAGCCUUCUAUCGUUAGCUACAGUAGCUUGAUCAACGGAUAUUGCAAGAAUGGGAAGGUAGAUGAAGCUUGGGGCCUUUUCCUCGAAGUUCCUCGUAAAGGGUUAGAUUACAAUGUAGUUACCUAUAGCACCAUGCUACAAGGAUUAUUUGGUGCAGGUAGAUGUGCUGAUGGAUUGAAGCUUUUCAAAGAUAUGCAAGCUCAGCAACUAAUUCCGAAUUUAGUGACUUACAGUAUCUUGUUGAAUGGCUUGUGCAUGAACAAGCAUAUUGAUGAAGCAUUUUCUUUCCUACACAUAAUGGAAGAACAAGGUGUUAAUCCUGACAUAAUUACAUACAGUAUACUCAUCCAUGGAUUAUGCAAGGAUGGAAAAUUUGAGAUUGCAAGAGAUCUUUUCAGUAGCCUCCCUUGCAAAGGUUUGCGACCUAAUGUUCAAUUAUAUACUAUCAUUAUUGGUUCACUAUGUCAAGAAGGACAUGUAGAGGAGGCAAAACGUUUGCUUGUGGAAAUGGAAAAAGGUGGUUGUGCACCUGAUAAUGUGACAUAUAACGUCUGUAUCCAAGGUCUGCUUAAAAGAAGGUUGCUUGCCGAGGCAAAGACGUUCUUGGAUGAAAUGUGCAGACAAGGAUUCUCACCCGAUGCAACUGUUGUAUCUAUGUUGCUUGAUCAACUUCAAGACAAAGGUUGGAGAUACUAUUCCUCUGAAAGUACUGAUAAGUGCUAAUGUAAAAUCAAAUUAGACGCCAAAUUCUA